AUGGAAUAUCAGAUAUUGAAAAUGUCUCCCUGCCUGCUUGUCCUCCUGCUUCUCAUCCCCGGCGUUCUGUGUAUCUGUCCUCACCAAUGUACAUGCUCCGAAAAGCACAGGCGUGUGGACUGUUCAGGCAGAAACUUGACUCUCUUGCCACCUGGGCUCCAAGAGAACAUUGUCCACUUAAACCUGUCUUCUAACCUCUUUACUGAUCUUCACAACCAACUCACUCAAUACACCAACCUGAGGACCCUCGAUGUGUCGAACAACAUGCUGGAGCGCCUCCCAGAGCAGCUGCCCAGGUCACUCUGGGAAAUGUAUGCCACCAACAAUGCCAUCAAACUUCUUGACAAGUCGGAUACUGCUUAUCAAUGGAACCUUCAGCGCCUUGAUGUUUCUCAGAAUAUGCUAGAAAGGGUUGUUCUCAUAAAAAAUACCCUCAGCAGCCUCAAGUUUCUCAACCUUAGUAGUAACAAACUCUGGACAGUCCCAACUAACAUGCCUUCCAACAUACAGACGGUGGACUUAUCCAACAAUUCUCUGACACAAAUUCUCCCAGGGACAUUAGUAAAGCUGAUAAAUCUCACCCAUCUUUACCUACACAACAAUAAGUUCACGUACAUUCCUGAUCGAGCCUUUGACCAGCUAUCUCAGCUGCGAGUAAUAACUCUGUACAACAAUCGAUGGGCAUGCGAUGACAAACAAAAUGUCACUUAUUUACUGAAAUGGGUAUUGGAGACAACAGCAGAGGUGAUUGGGUCUCCAUGUUCCAAUACUACAAUGCCCUGGCAGAAUCACACGGAACAAUCUACCCUUUCUGCAAUUCCCUCCAGUAUGUUCACUGUCAGUAGCACACAGGCCACGGAUGCCAUUAGCUCCUUGGGUCUAGAAACGCAACAUAAGGUGACCAAAAUACCCAAACAAUAUCGAACAAGGGAGUCCACAUUAAGUGCCACACUGAGCAAAAGUGUAGUCCUUACAAGCACUGAUAAGCCUUUGGUUCUCUACCCAGAAGACCUGCCCACGGGAAAGACAAAUUCCCACGAGGCAGCAGCUGCAACACUGACCAUUCACAUCCAAAACGCAACGGUCUUAAACACGAGCUUCAAGAGCUCAACAAAAUCCUCCACCACUCCCAUGACCCUCAGCAUCACUAGUGGUAUGCCAAGCAGCUUUUCCGAAAUAGCUCAGCAAAGCACAACUCUUACCUUAAGGAGAGAGGAGACAACCACCAAUGCUUUUAAUACUCGCUUACUUUCCACAGCAAGUAUUUGGAAAGUCCAUGUGUCGCAUGUCUUAAUGAUCAAUAUCAUUGUAAUAAUGAUCAUGCUGAUUGGCUGA